CUGAGUUAGUUCGGUAAUUACUUCCCUGUUGAGAAACAGGGCGAAGCUGUUGCAUGAUGACCAUUAAUUAUGCAGUGAUUCUGGUUCUGACCUGUGUCUGCACAUGUCUUGCCAUGGACGGGAAAGGACUUGCAGACUAUUUACAAAGAUUUGCAGAAGAUGGCAUGGGUGUUAAUGAACUGCAGGCACAUUAUGACAGUCUGAGUUACACAAGAAGUGACGUCGAUGGGGCUGCCCUGGUCGACCAACUUUCAGAAAAUAUUGGUCAGACAUUCGGGAAUCUGAAGGAAGCUGCUGAAAAAAUCAAGGUUGCAGUUCAGGAUCAAUAUGUCAAUUUUCCAUCAAGCUUGACAGGCAGGCAUGGAAAACUGUUGCAACGUAGCUGGCUCACCAAACCUCAAAUUCCAAGCAAACAUCUCAUACGAUUCUUCCUGUUGGACGGUAUCGCCAAAAUCUCCACAAAUUAAAAAAUUUCCGAAUCAAUAUGUGGAAACAGUUAUGCGUACCAAUUACAACGGGAAUAGAAAGUUACUCUGGCAGUAUUUUGGGGGUGAAGACGGCACUUCCAUUCUAUAUCCGAAAGCCAAAGUGUCUCCUACAUCAUGUAGUUCCUUUGACCCUAGAUUCCGACCAUACUAUGCCGCUGCAGCUACACCGAUAGCUAAAGAUGUUGUUGUCUUAGUGGAUACAUCCGUCUCAAUGCAUAUAACAGACAACAAAGACCGGUCCCGUCUCAAGCUAGCCAAAGAGGUGGCAACAACAAUACUUCAGACGCUUAAUUCAAACGACAGGAUGGCUGUAUUAUCUUUCGACCCAGACCCAGAAAAACUCAAACCGACUGGUUGUUACGCUGACCAGCUUUCACUGUAUACAGCCGACAAUGAAGGAGUUUUAUCUGAAUUUGUCGGUAACCUGAAUGCCAUAAGUAAUUCCGACAUUAACGUGGGUUUGGAAGCAGCCUUUCAUUACUUCAGUAAUUCAUCAGCACCAAAACAAGGCGAAGAAAGAUACCAGGUGAUACUCGUGCUAUCAGACGGGGCGGAUUCACCAUCUGACAAAAGUCCUCUAGACGUUAUUCGAGAGAAGAACGCCGAACUUGGAAACCGUAUCCACAUCAUGGUGUAUGGUAUAGGGAAUGGUAUUGAAGAGGACACCAACGCUAGGGAAAUGCUUCGUAAUAUUUCGUUACAGACAAACAACGACGCCAGUGCCGGGGCUACGAAAAUUGGCUUUUUCGAAAUCAUACCAAUCGCAGAUGCCGUCCGUUCGAAGAUGAGGAGCUAUUACAGCUUUUUCAAAUCCUCAAACACUGAAGCUGUUAUCUCGGAUCCAUUCAUAGACACAUUUUCUAGUAUUGGUCUAUUGAUAUCUGUUUGCCGGCCCGCGUACGACAAGACUGACCGAUCUAUUCUGUUGGGAGUUGCAUGUGCCGAUGUGAAACUUAGUGAUUUAUUCUCAGAAGCAGCCGUUUUUCACGAAGGAGAUUCGUCAUAUGUUUUCAUCAUAGAUAGCAAAGGACGUACGCUAAAUCACCCCCUAUUGCCACUCUCUAGGACUGUAAAGACUAGCUACACCCUCCUAGAUAUUGCCUAUCUUGAACGAUCUCAAGGGACAGCUGACAUUAUCGAAGCAAUGAAAAGGAGAGAGGCUGGGAGUCAACAGGUAAUCUCCUCAACCAGAACGAUGGCGAGAGGUGUGGUUUUGACAGAGGGCAUUGUAACAAGAACGGUCAAAUCUACAUACUUUUAUGCACCGAUUGCAAACAGUGACUACUCAAUUUGUGUGGUAGUUGGAGAUGGUGCCAAAAUUGCUAAAUUCCCAACUCAGACAAGGAAACCGGGAGUUUUUGUUUACCAUCGACGCGACAUAUACGAUGACAGCCUGAAGAGCUGCAAGAAUUUCAAAAGGAGAGCAACAAUUGAACACUCGAUAGUGAAAUUUAACGCCAAUGCCUUUACUGACAUUGGUAAAUACCUAUAUAUAGAAGAGAAUGCGAACACCGUCGACGGAUACACAAAGUACUUCAACGGAGAAAUCAGUCAUACAGGAUUUACGACCGAAGUCACCAAUUCUGUAGUAAUAUCGAUUAAGGCUGAAGAGAUAUGGAAAUCCAAAACGGACUUAUCCUUGUACACUAUUUGGAGGUAUUUCGGAACAAAGGAUGGGUUCAUUCGUGUUUUCCCGGGUGUGCAGUUGACUAACGAUUACGAUCAUGAAAAGAGACCUUGGUGGCGGCGGGCUAAGUCUCAGAGAGAGAUCAUGACAAUGACCACACCUUACCUUGAUGCAUGGGGUGCAGGUUUGGUUGUGACUUUAUGUCGCACAAUUUUCGUCGGCAGACAAGAGGGGAUACCUCAUACCGAGCAAGAUGACGUAGAAGGGGUGUUAGGUUACGACAUUGGACUGUCGUAUUUAGAGCGACUGAUAAACGAGAUUUAUCCGGAAUGUGAGACGGGGAAUACAUGCAUGCUGGUGGACAAUUCGGGUUUCAUCAUCAUUCACCCAGAUUUCGUGGACCCAAACAUUCAGGAAUCCGAAAGAGUAGCUGCAGUAGAAAAUAUCCAUAUUGUCCAGAAGGAAAGUGAUAUUGCUAGAGAUUUGAUCGCCAGGUCGGUAAUGGGUAAACGAAGUUGUGCAGAUUUUGACAAUCACAAGUUACAGGUCACAUACAGGAUACAGCUAAAUGAUGGUGAUAUUCACAUCAAAGGGACAAAUUAUGAUUUAUGGAAAUUGGAAGACACGAACGUCUUCUUGAUCAGGAAAACAAAAGCGGACGUUUCAUUUCAGUGCUGCACGGAUAUUCCAAUGAUAUCAUCAACUGCAAAGAUGUGUACUGGCACCAAGUUCUGUGACUGUUUAUGUCAUACGCCUAUCCCUUUUGAUGCGUGUUUGAAUAUAAACAGUAGAGAUGGAAUCAGCGCGACGUGUAUCGCAAAGGCACCCGAUAGCACAUCAACAAAGGAACCAGACUCCCUAAGCGGUCUAGAGGACUGUUAUAACCCCAUAUGUGACACAAGGACAAAGGAAGAAGAUUGCUACUCGGUGUCUGGCUGUAGUUGGUGUGUACGUGACGAUUCCUCUCCACUAUCAAAACCGUGCUGCAGAGGUGUUGACACGUGCGACUUCGGAAAAGUCCUUGGAGGAAAACGGGAUGUUUGUCCGGACACUACUACUAGUGCGUCUGUAGGACCAGUGACGACAACGGAAGGACACCCUAGUAGUUCAAAAAGUGAUGUUGCUGUAGUUGUCGGAGCCGUUUUGGGAUCAGCUGUAGUAAUUUUGUCGGUUGUGAUCAUCGUCAUACUUUAUCGUCGCUGUUCACGCGAUACUCGUCAUAAGCCGGCUGAUGAUUACCUCACGGCCAUGCCGUCCGUCAGAGACAACUCUCAAGUCCAAGGCGUCGUGAAUCAACAAUAUGCUGGAAUGCACCCUCGACAUUAUGACGGAGGUUCGGAUACACAUUCGAUGCCAAUGCAACACAACGUGACACCAAAUAGUUACGAUGCAAUGCCGGGAUCGUCCAACUCGUCGACUUCCAGCGGCAAUAAUCCAUCAUUACAAGGAAACAAGACCAUGGCUCCGAAUACAAUACCGAUUGAUAAGAAGUUGUAAAAACGGUUACAUAACCAUUUUCUUCCGCUUUUGUUGUCGUGUUAUGCUUUUGAAUGAAUUUAAACUAUAAUAUGUUGUUGAUUACGGCGUCAUGAUCUUUUAUAUGUAACAGACAUUUCAACGAUGUGCAGCUGACGUCACAACGGCUAUAUUUUAUAGUUGUCAUUUAUUGUUCUUUAAAUCAUAUUCCUUUCAGGUUGAUUUAUAUCCUGAAAUUGUCAUUCAAAUUCAGAUAUUUGUGCUACGGUUGAGUUGUUUAUUUUCACCUGAUCACGAAUUUUUAAAUUUUGUAUUAUAAACAACAGUAAACAGGUGAUACAUCUUUACAUUUUGUGUACGCAUGAUAUAAGUUUAUGAUUCAAGGAAUAAAUAUCAGUUGGGUAUUUAUUUUCGCGUCAUAUUCAAUUACCACAAGGACAGCGAAAUUAAAAUGAAACCCCCUGCAAAUAUAAUUUUAUUUUUUAUUAUAACUAUAGUUAUUUAUAAAUGUAUCAUCUCCAUUGUUUUCAAACAUUUGUAACAUCUACAUGUACCAAUGAACAUUGGAAUCAUUUUUAGGUUUUUUUAAUGAUAGUUUUAAAAGUUCAUAUUUUAAGUUAUCUUACUGUAUUCAAUUGAGAAUAAAACAGGAUAUAUUUAUUUCAUAUAUGCUUUUUAAGUUGAAUGCCUUUUCUGUCAUACCGUAUAUUUGGUAAUAAUGGAUGCCUUUUCUGUCAUACCGUAUAUUUGGUAAUAAUGGCGGAUAUUUAAUUUGCUAUAUUCGCUGUCAUUCAGAAGAGUACAAACAUAAAUGCCCACCAAAUAUUUACACACGUAUAUAAGUAUUAACUGCAGCAUUUGUUUUCAAGGGAGUUGUGGUAUUAUGGUAAAUAUUUGAUUUCAUUAGAUGGGUUUAUAUUCGUGUUAAAUACUCUACUUCGAUAUUUAUCUUGAUCCAUUGUCUUUGGUUCUCAUUGUUUGCCAUUAUUGAAAUACUCUUUGUCAUUUAUUCAAUCCAUUGUAUUAGCAGUCAAAUGCAAAUUGACGAGCUUCAUUAUACAUGUAUUUACAUAUGUAUUUUGUAUGAUCUCUACCAUACCGUCCAUUAACAUAUGACGGUACAGGUUUAAGUAUUGGCACUAACCGUCGCUUCUAGGCACGCAGUUAAUAGCUCAGUCGGUGGGUAAUCGACCUAAUGUAAUGCUGUGGAUCUGAAGAAGAUGGUUUGCAUAGACUUAUGGAAGAAGCUUCGUCUUAGUUCUUCUAGAGCGCAUACUAUGAUCUUCAAUGGAUGUUCACAUUUGUCAUAAUUUCUGUGUUAAAAUACUCAUCUUCGAUAUGUAUCUUGAUUCAUUGAUUUUCAUUCUCUUUGUUAGCCAUAUAUUACUGAAAUGUUACUUGUCAUUUAAUCAAUGAAUUAUAUUAGAAGUCAAAUACAAAUUAAUUAGCUUCAUAUUAUAUGUAUGUAUUGUUACGAUCUGUCCCUUCUAGUUACUACAAGACGACGCGACCUUAAAAUGAUUCUUGCUUUUCACGGGGCAAUGAUCACAUGGAACAGUGUGUAUCAAGUCAUCAAUCUCAUUACAUCGAAGACAUUACGGUCAUUUCCAACGUCUGUUAUUUUCCAAGGCCAGUUCUGUCGGCAAUGUCUUAAAAUUUUGUAAACAAAGGAUGUCUGUAAAACCUCAUUUUGAAUAAAGAAAUAACUUCAAACUUCAGUACGGUAUACAUAACAAAAUAUUUGCUUGUUGACAUGAAAUAAAUAAUAAAAAAUCGUGUGUCACAACAUUUUU